AUGAUGGUGGAUUUGAGCUCGUUCUCAGAGGAGAAAUUCGACCCGAAGAAAUGGAUAAACGGGGCGGUCCAGCAGAGGCACCCGCAGGACCCGAUCGAUAAGCACCUCGUGGAUCUCGAGAUGAAGCUGCAGAUGGCGUCGGAGGAGAUUGCAGCCUCACUCGAAGAGCACAGCUCCGCCGCCCUCCUCCGCGUUCCGCGCGCCUCCCGCGACGUUCUCCGCCUCCGCGAUGAUGCGCUUUCUCUCAGGUCUUCAGUCGCCAACAUCUUGUCGUUUCUCAAGAAGGCUGAGGGUUCCUCUGCAGAAUCAAUCGCAACCCUAGCUAAAGUUGACACUGUUAAGCGGAGGAUGGAAGCUGCUUAUGAGACGUUACAGGAUGCUGCCGGGCUGACGCAGCUAAGCUCAACAGUUGAGGAUGUAUUUGCCAGUGGUGAUCUCCCACGGGCUGCAGAAACUCUGGCUAACAUGAGACACUGUCUAACGGCUGUUGGGGAGGUGGCAGAAUUUGCUAAUAUAAGGAAACAGCUUGAAGUUUUAGAAGAUAGACUGGAUUCAAUGGUUCAGCCACGCCUUACGGAUGCAUUAACUAACAAAAAGGUUAAUAUUGCUCAAGAAAUGCGGGGAAUCCUCAUUCGAAUUGGGAGAUUCAAGUCUUUAGAGAGUUACUACACAAAAGUCCACCUCAAACACAUAAGGAAGCUGUGGGAAGAUUUUGACUCUGGGCAACAACCUAAUAAAAUUUCAAGUGAAAGGAAUGAGGUAGACAGGGGCUCAAGUACCUUCGAUUCACACUCAAGUUCCUCAAAUCUGUCAUUCUCGCGCUGGUUGCCAAGUUUUUAUGAUGAGUUGCUGCUUUAUCUGGAACAAGAAUGGAAGUGGUGCAUGGUUGGUUUCCCUGAAGAUUACAAAACUCUUGUCUCGAAAUUGUUGGUUGAGAUGAUGUCAUCCAUUAGUGCAAGUUAUAUAUCUCGUGUUAAUCUUGCUACUGGAGUCGCUGUUCCGGAGACUAAAGCAUUGGGGAAAGGUAUAUUAGACAUCUUAUCUGGAGAUUUGCCUAAAGGUGUCCAAAUUCAGACUAAACAUCUAGAGGCUCUGAUAGAACUACACAACAUAACGGGGAGUUUUGCCAGGAAUAUUCAGCAUUUGUUUUCCGAUUCAGAUCUUCAUGUAUUAUUAGAUACAUUGAAGACAGUCUACCUGCCAUACGAAACUUUUAAACAAAGAUAUGGGCAAAUGGAGCGUGGUGUGCUGUCUGGUGGUAUUUCGGGCCUUGAUCUCAGGGGAGUGAGUACUCGCAUUAUUGGCGUUCAGGGUGUUGAGCUCAGUGAAACAGUUAGAAGAAUGGAAGAGUCCAUCCCACAGGUCAUCUUACUUCUUGAAGCCGCCACAGAGAGAUGCAUUAGCUUCACCGGUGGGUCCGAGGCGGAUGAGCUAAUUCUCGCUCUUGAUGACGUGACCCUACAGUACAUCUCCACCCUUCAGGGGAAUCUAAAAUCACUAAGAACAGUAUGUGGAGUGGAUUUAGAUACCAUUGGAUCCAAGAAGGAUGCAGGAUUGGACAGGAAGGAAGCAGCUUCACCCGCGCGAAAGGUGGAUGUUACAUCGAAUGAGGAGGAAUGGUCUUUUGUUCAGGCGGCUUUGCAGAUUCUCACAGUUGCGGAUGGUUUGACGAGCCGGAUUUCUGUUUUCGAGGCUUCCUUAAGGUCUACGCUUGCCCGAUUGAGCACUAAUUUGUCCCUCUCAGUGCACGGCUCGAGUUUUGAUCAAAAUCAAUCUCGUGUAGCUGAUGAUGAUGGACAUGGGGAAUUGUCUACUGCUGCUGGAAAGGCUUCUCUGGAUAUGGCAGCCAUUCGGCUUGUUGAUGUACCUGAAAAGGCCCGUAAACUUUUGAACCUCUUGGAACAGUCAAAAGAUCCCCGGUUCCAUGCCCUCCCAAUGGCUUCUCAAAGAGUUGCGGCUUUUGCAGAGGCAGUGAAUGAGCUAGUUUAUGAUGUGCUCAUAUUAAAAGUCAGGCAACACUUCCGUGAUUUGUCUCGUCUGCCCGUAUGGUCUUCUGUUGAAGAGCAAAGUGCCCACCGCAUCCCAAGCUUUAGCGCCUAUCCUCAGCCGUAUGUGACUAACGUUGGUGAAUACCUUCUUACUUUACCCCAGCAACUGGAGCCCCUUGCCGAGGGUAUUUCAAGCAGUGAUGCCAAUGCUGAAGAGGCACAGUUCUUCGCAACCGAAUGGAUGUUCAAGGUGGCUGAGGGAGCUACUGCUCUUUAUAUUGAGCAGUUGCGUGGGAUUCAAAAGGUUACGGACCGUGGGGCCCAACAGCUAUCUGUGGAUAUCGAAUAUUUGAGCAACGUGCUCUCGGCUCUAUCAAUGCCCACCCCACUCGUUCUCGCCACCUUCCAUACCUGUUUUUCGACCCCAACAGAUCAGCUCAAGGACCUCGUGAAUUCAGAUUCUGGUGCGAAACGUUCGUGCUGCGCCGUGAUUGUGAUAUGA